AUGAAUGAAAAUGUAGAUGUUUAUAAAGAGGUUGAUGUAGAAAAUGCAUUGAUUGAUAAUGAAGAUUACUGGGAUAUAGGAGAUUCAAUUUUUGAAUGUGUACAUUGUGGUGGUUACUUCUGGUAUGAAGAAAGGAUCAACAAGAAAUUAAAAUCUAAAAGACCAGAGUUCUCUUUAGGUUGUCAUCAUGGAAAAAUAAAUUUACCAAAGCCAAAAGAACCUCCUCCAAUUUUAAGACAAUUAUUAUUUGGAUCAGGUCCAAAGAGUAACCAGUUCAAAGAUAAUAUUAGAACUUAUAACUCCAUGUUUUCAUUUACAUCAAUGGGAGGAAAAGUUAAUUCUUCAAUUAAUCAAACAAGGGGAUCAAAAACAUUUACACUACCUGGACAGAACUAUCAUCACAUUGGAAGUUUAUUACUUCCAGAAGGAUCCACUCCAAAAUUUGCACAAUUAUAUAUAUAUGAUACUGAAAAUGAAGUGCAAAAUAGAAUUCAUGCAUUGAGUCGAGGUUAUAGCAUUAACAUAAAUCAUGUUGAAAUUGUUCAAGACUUGAAACAAAUGCUUGAUGAUCAAAAUGUCUUGACUAAGUCGUUUAAAAUGGUAAGAUAUAGAUUUCAAGAAGAUUCUCACACCAAUGUUAGACUAAAAUUGAUAGGAAAGCGAAACUAUGAUGGAAGAAGAUAUAAUUUGCCAACUGUUUCAGAAGUUGCUGCUUUAGUGGUUGGAGAUUUUGAAGUAUCGCUAUGUGACAGAGAUAUUGUUGUUAAUACCCAAUCUGGAUUGCUCCAAAGAAUAAAUGAGUUAAAUGCUUCCUAUUUAGCACUCCAAUAUCCAUUACUUUUUCCGUAUGGUGAAGAUGGUUAUAGAGAGGACAUUGUUUUAAAUGAAAAAGAUGAAUUAAGUCGAGGAAGAAAAUUCAUUAGCAUGCGUGAGUUCUUUUCUUACAAAAUUCAAGAGAGGAAUUGUGAAGUACAAACAAUUGUGAACUCAAAAAGGUUAUUUCAACAAUUCUUGGUAGAUGCUUUUACAAUGAUUGAAUCAUCAAAGCUGAAAUAUAUUAGAACUAAUCAAAAACAAUUGCGUGUUGCAAUGUACAAAGGAUUAGAAGAUGCAGUUUUACAGGGAGAUAUUGAUCCUUCUUCUCAUGGUAAAAGGGUAAUUCUAUCUUCCAUCUUCACCGGGAGUGAACGAUAUGUGAUUCAAAAUUAUCAAGAUGCUAUGGCAAUCUGCGAAUGGGCUGGAUAUCCAGAUUUGUUUAUCACAUUUACUUGCAAUCCAAGGUGGACUGAAUUUAUUAGAUUCUUAAAGAGUAGAAGCUAA